AUGGCUUUACCGUCGUAUCUGCUUUGCGCAUUACUGUUUUUGACACCUAUUCAAGCAUUUUAUUUACCCGGUUUAGCACCCGUAAACUAUUGUAAAGCCGGUGAAGACAAUGGAAAGUCAUGUAAAAAUGAAAUACCACUAUUUGUAAACAGAUUGAAUACAGAAGAAUCGGUUAUACCUUUUGAAUAUCAUCAUUUUGAUUUCUGUCUGUCUGAUGAAACACAAUCACCAGUUGAGAAUCUUGGUCAAGUUGUUUUUGGUGAAAGAAUAAGACCAAGUCCUUAUAAACUUAAGUUCCUUGAAAAUGUUGAUUGCCAGGCUGUAUGCACCAAGACCUACAGAGGUACCGAUCCCGAGUCGAUUAAAAAGUUAAACCUUCUUAAAAUGGGAAUGGCUCUUUAUUACCAACACCACUGGAUUUUGGACAAUAUGCCUGUCACUUGGUGCUACUUGGUAAACGAAGAUGGCAAGGUGUAUUGCAGCAUAGGGUUCCCAAUGGGAUGUCAAGUGCGCAGUGAUAUGGAGACAUGCACACCUAUUGUAAGCAGCAUACCAAACAAAGUAGGAGCAUAUUAUUUAUUCAAUCAUGUGGACUUGGAAAUAACAUACCACAGUGGGAAAGAAGAAGAGUGGGGAGUUGGUUUUGGUGACAAUGAGGGCCGCAUUAUAUCUGCGAAGGUCAAACCUGCUAGCAUCAAUCAUGCAAAUCCAGAACAUCCAGAUUGCUCUAAUCGUAACCUAUUGGAAAUACCGAACACUCUGCUGAAGGAUGACAAAUUGAGCAUAACAUACACUUACAGUGUCAAGUUCAUUAAAAACAACACAAUUAAAUGGUCAUCUCGGUGGGAUUACAUAUUGGAGUCUAUGCCUCAAACUAAUAUUCAAUGGUUCUCAAUAUUGAACUCCCUUGUUAUUGUACUGUUUCUCAGUGGAAUGGUAGCUAUGAUACUGUUAAGAACUCUCCAUAAAGAUAUCGCGAGAUACAAUCAAAUGGAGUGUGGUGAAGAUGCUCAGGAGGAGUUUGGCUGGAAAUUAGUACAUGGAGACGUAUUCAGACCGCCACGCCGUGGUAUGCUGCUUGCCGUUUUCCUUGGUUCUGGUUCUCAGGUAUUUGGGAUGACACUGGUGACCCUUGCCUUCGCUUGCCUGGGCUUCCUCUCGCCAGCUAACCGUGGCGCUUUGAUGACGUGCGCGCUGGUCGCUUGGGUCCUCUUGGGUGCGGCUGCCGGAUAUGUGAGCGCCAGGAUAUACAAGAGCUUUGGUGGCAGACGGUGGAAGAGCAACAUCCUGCUGACGUCGAUGGUGUGUCCCGGGGUUGUGUUCUCUCUAUUCUUUAUAAUGAAUCUCGUGCUGUGGGGCAAAGGAUCAUCAGCGGCAGUGCCAUUCUCGACCUUAGUUGCUCUCUUGGCUUUGUGGUUUGGUGUCUCCGUACCACUCACUUUUAUUGGAGCUUACUUCGGAUUUAGAAAAAGGAUUCUGGACCAUCCUGUGCGCACAAACCAGAUCCCAAGGCAGAUUCCCGAACAGUCGCUGUACACUCAGCCAGCACCGGGCAUCAUCAUGGGCGGGGUACUGCCCUUCGGCUGCAUCUUCAUACAGCUUUUCUUCAUCCUCAACUCGCUCUGGUCCAGUCAGAUGUACUACAUGUUCGGCUUCCUGUUUCUCGUGUUCGUGAUCCUCGUGAUCACGUGCUCGGAGACGACGAUCCUGCUGUGCUACUUCCACCUGUGCGCCGAGGACUACCACUGGUGGUGGCGGGCGUUCCUCAGCUCGGGCUCCACCGCCGGCUACCUCUUCAUCUACUGCUGCCACUACUUCGUCACCAAGCUGAACAUCGAGGACGCCGCGUCGACCUUCCUGUACUUUGGGUACACGCUCAUCAUGGUGUUUCUGUUCUUCCUACUCACCGGCACCAUCGGCUUCAUGGCGUGCUUCUGGUUCGUGAGGAAGAUUUACAGCGUCGUCAAGGUCGAC